CCCGCGACCCCAAAACCCAAAACAACCAUGACCUCGGAGACCCGCAAGCGCAACCGAGCCGCGGCUGACCGCAAGUACUAUGAGAAGAACCGCCAAAAGGUCCUUGCGCGUCAGAAGGAGUACUAUGCGCGCCACCGCGAGGCCGAGCUCCUCCAAGCCCGGCGCUACUACGAGUCGCACAAAGACAACGUGCUCGCGCUCAACAAGGAGUACCGCCAGCGCCACAAAGAGCGCGAGCUCGCGCAGGCCAAGCAGUAUUAUGUCCACCACCGCGAGAAAGUCCUCGCGCGCAAGAAGGAGUACCUUGCCGCGCAUCGCGAGAAGAUCAACCAGCGCCGGCGCGAGCUCCGUCUUCUCAAACAAGCCAAGGCGUCGCCGGUCGUGUCCAAAAUGUCACUCGCGUUUCUUCUGAGCCCAUAAGCUCAUACAAGCCGCCCGUAGUAGUAGACCCAUCUGUAGUGUAGUUAUCGCGCCGCUUGCGGCCGAUUAUCCUUAAUAAGUUAAAUCACCGC